AUGGACGACUCGGGCAGCAACAAGCAGUGGCCCGUCACCGUCGCAUCCACCGUCUUGUCAUCUUCCGUCUCGCCCGUCUACGGCUCCAACAUUCCGUCACUGCUGCCGCCCCCAGCAAAGUUCGAGGCCCAAGGACUCACUCAACGUGGUCGAAGCCGAUCGUCCCGUCUCCUCCCCCCUACCGCGCUCGCGGCCAGGACGCCCGACCGGUUUCUCUGCCCGUGCCCAAGCCUGCCUACUAUUCUAAGCCCCAAGACUACCCAAGCUACCCCUGCCAACCCAAGUCGCAGCACCAGUGUUCGCAACAGUCUGCCUCCGAGUACUAGCGUCACACGGAGCUUCAGCGCGCGCAAUCGGCCUAUCAACGAGGAAGACGGUCGUGCCGACCCAUCUGUCCAGCGCAGCAAAAGCGUGAACCAUCACAACGUCCCUAGCGGUCUCCGUCGCUCGGGUUCAUUGAACCAAAGAUACAACGGCGAUAUGUCUCACCGACCUCUAGACAUGCUCAAGAAGGAGCAUCGUGCAGCAGACCGCGCUCCUCACCUUCGCACUCGCAAGAAUGGUCCCAUGACCGACACCAUUGACGGGCUCGACACCAUAGGUGGUGUCUACCACCAUGGCGGCCCGUAUGACGCCACUUUGGCGUCCCGCAACCGCAACAAGCAGUACGCCCCAGUUGAGGCCGUCAAGGAAUCCAACGAGGAGGCUUUGAGAGCAACUCCCCGUGAAUACAUCCAAGACUCCCUUACCAAGCAUGUUCCUCUUCAAGGAACCGGCACCGUCCCCGUCGGCAGCAGCGACAUGCGCGGCAACAUUAUGAACUAUGAGGAGGGAGCGGACCUCAUGCGCGAGCCUGACGCGCAGGGCGGUGCUUACAAACGAUGGGACGGAAUCCCGUACCACCCUGAUGAUCUCAAAGGAAAGGGCGAGCCUUCGUACACCUACGAGAGAGAUCUUAAGGAGAAGAAGCGCAUGCGCAAGGCGUCCCUCGGCAACGGCCCUGUUGAGUACGAGAUGCAUCCCGGUGCCAACAGCCAGUCACGAAAGAAUCUCGGUGCCACGGUUCGUCAGCGGAGCGUGAGCAAUGCCGCCGAUGGAAGGCCCGGCCCAUCAGAGACGCCCACCGGACAGUCGAACAGCGCAGAUGUGCGCCGUCACAACAGCACUGGCAAGCGCCUUAGUGACGGUCUGAAGCGCCGCUUCGGAAGUAUUCGUCGAAAACAUCAAGCUGCAGCCUAG